CGUCCACACUCACCCUGGCAACUGUCAGAGAGGGGUCACCAAGGGGGCGAUAGAUUAGGACAUCCGGGAGUAUAACGAGGGCGGGGGUAAUACAUCCGGGGCAGUACGCCAGGACGAGGAGCAUUUGGAGACAUUCGCACCGAGGGGGAGAUGCACCGCUUUGCUGUGUACGGCCGGUGCCAGCGGGGGCUGCUGAGCCUGGCUUACAGGGGUCCUGGCAGUACGCAAGACUGCCUCCGGUUCCUGAUGCCGGACACAGUACAGAGCCGUGUGCAGAGGAGUCUACUGCCCCCUCGCCAGAUAACUGUCCCUGACUUUAAGUCGUGUCGCUUUUUCUGCACGUCCGCUGCUUCCACAAACCAGGAACUGGGCAAUUUGGUUUAUACUGGAAAUCUGGCCAGGGCAGUGCUUGGGGUGAAGUUCUUCUCCUAUUCCACCAGUAUGGCCAGCCUAUUUAUCCUGCCAGUUAUCAUGAUGAAGUCCGGCAUUGGAGUGGACAGCCUGGCUUUAAAAAUAGCCUUCUUCAGUGUGGUGGGAUUUUUCACCUUCGUCACUCCCGUUACUCUGCAUUUUUUAACUAAAGGAUAUGUGGUCCGUUUAUAUCACAACAGAGACACGGACCUCUAUACUGCCAUUACGUAUAAUGCCUUUCUGGUGGAGAAACGGACUGUGUUUUCUCCAGAGGAGGUUACAGUACCUGGAAUUAGCAAAAUGUUCACAACUUUCUAUGCUAAAAAGAAAUCUAUGCUGGUCAAUCCAGAGUUAUUUCCGAAUUCUUGGCACUAUCAUCACCUGAUGGGCUAUGAUAAGCCAUUUACGUUUAAUCCUGAAGAACUGAAUCCGCCCUCUGAGGAAAAAUAAACUCUCUUCCUUGUGAGUGUGUAGUGACUACUCUCUUUAAUAGUUUAAAAGGUGGGAGUAAUGUAGGAUUAGUGAUUUUACAUUUGCAAUGUGAAAAGUAAGCAUCUAGGGACUUCUGUAUAUAAGGUGGUAAAUAAGGGCUAAAUACAACCACAAUUACCCCAGCAAUAGGAUAUGCAACUAUGGCAUAAAUUUACAUAGCUCCUUAAGUACUGUAUAUGUAUGUUCUAGUACCCAUCACAGAAACACUUGAACCAUAGUCGGUCAGAAACUAUUUACAAUGUACUGGAUGACUAGUAUAACCAUGUCUCCUCAUUCCUCACUUAUAGUGAUUUACUUAUUCUAGAGUACAUUGCUUAAUUUAUUUUUGUUGUCCGUUCAAUGUCUUCUAUAAUUUCCUGCCAGUCACCUUUCUGCCCAAGAAAACCGCAGCUUGGUGACCGGAGAAUGUCCUCCCUUUCUUGUUUUUGUCCCUACAAAUUUUUUAUUUUUCAGAGAUGCAUCUGCUUCCCUGUGAACAACUUUUCCUAAUUUUUUAUUUUUUUUGUAUUUCACAUUAAAUAGCCUUCUUAACAGCA